AGCUAGCAGCAGCGAGCAGCUGCUGCAAGUCACACCUUGGCUAGAACGUAAACUAAAGUAUCGCUUGUACACGUUAAAGUUACGUUAACUGGCGUAAAUUAAUGUAGCUGGAAGCUGAAGCGAGAGCUAGCUAAACAACUGGUGAACACAAAAAUGUCUUUUCAACAGUUAGAAAAUGACGAGGAUUUCUACCUUCAAUGCAGAGCUGCUUACCUGUCCGUGUUCAAAUCCAGUCUGACAAAUAUCUCAUCGAAACACCAGCUUUACCGAGUUCUUCAACAGGCUGGCAGAAACCCAUCACAUGCAGCUCUCAACAAAUACUGGACCCCAAGAACUGUUAAAUUGAACUUUGAUGAUUUCUGUGACAUCCUCAAGUGUGAGAAGCAGAUGGAGGAAAAUGAGCUGAUAAGAGCUUUUAAAAAGAUGGAUAUUAACAGUGAUGGCUACAUUACACACAGUGAACUGGAGAAGGUCCUCACUACAAGAGGAGAGAAAAUGACUUCCGAAGAAGUAAAUGCCAUAUUUUCAUUAGCAGACAUCAACAAAGAUGGCAAGUUGGACUAUAGAGAGUUCUGCAGAUUGCUUGUGUCUACAGUAGAACAGUGUCAAAUGGCUGCUUUGGAGAGGCUCCAGGCUGAUGCCAAGCUGAAGAGGCAGAACUUUGGCAGCCAAUCAGACAACCUGCCAAAGAACUGUGUGUCCUCAGCAUCAUCGUCCGCAUCAUCACAAGCUGCAGCAACUCAUCCUCAGCCGUUUGAAACAUCCAGGGCUGAUUCAGACGUUGCCCUCAAGAAAGACAAUCGACCAUCCUCCCGUCCUCCUUCCGCUCGCAGCAGACGAUUGUCCAUGACCAACUCAAUCACAGUGUCAGCAAGUGGCGCUAAAACAGUAGCAGAGCCUUCAGGUUUACAGGAGUGGAAUCAGACUAACAUGAAGGGCUGUUUCUUUGUGGAGGAUGAUGGGAGUAUCAGCUCUCUGCAGUACAACCUCCAUCUGGCCCAGAGGACCAAUGUCUACAUGACCAUCCAACCACUGAGGCUCAGCCACACACCUGAGAAACCUUCAGCGUGGAUGACAGUGGACACAGCUCUCUUUGUCACAUCAGCGGGAGAAACCAAAGACAACUCCACUUUAGUUUGUUUCACGGAGUCAAAGGACAAAGAAAAGUAUGUUUGGAGAGGGGAACUGAGUGCUGGUAACUACUGCCUGCUUCCCUUCACCAGCGGCUGCAGACUAAAGAAAAAGAGCAGAAAGAAUGUUGCUAGUAAACCUGUUGAGAUUGUCUACAGGACUGACACUGGCGAAAUGGACCUCACCAGGGAGUUCAGGGAGGUGCUGUCUGAUAUCUUUGAGGUUAUAGACCUGGAUGGGAAUGGUUUGAUCAGUCUGGAAGAGUACAAUUUCUUUGAACUGAGGACCAGCGGGGAGAAGUGUGACAAGGAGUCCUGGGCCGUCUGCAGAGAAAACUUUGAUAUGAGAAAGAACCAGCUGACACGGCAGGGCUUCAUGGAGCUGAACCUUAUGGAGGCUGCAGAGAAGGAUGGAGACCCUGCAGACUUGUGGGUAACACUGGAAGCUAUGGGCUACAACCACAAGCUGGAACUAGUGGAGGCUUGUCCAUUCCAGAUCGAUGUUCAUUGUGAAAGCACACAGCCUUCUAUCCAGCCACUCAGCAUGGAUUCGGGAGCCAAACUUCUAAACCAGGCCCUCCAGAAGUCCAUUACAACCAGAACAGGGCCCAAGCCUCUACGGGGACACGAGAACGUCUUCAUCUCCACCUACCAAGGAGACCACAGGAUCUCUUCCUUAAUAACCAACAAGACAAACCAGAAAAUGACAGUGCACGUUAGCAACGAGCAGAGUCGUAACUGCUGCAGUAGCAGGGGACUGAGCGUGUUUGCUGUGGAGGUGCCGGCCAAGACGAAGAUGGUGUGUCAGCAUGUGCUGCCCAUUAAUGAGAAAUUGGAUUGGACCUACAACUGUGUGGAGACAGUUCUUCAAAGCACAUAAAGCUAUAAUCCAAGACAGGAUUUCUUUGAUGCAUGGGUGGUAUGUGUCGGAUAUGUUGUUGUGUAGCAGACACCUCUGUCCAAGGCAAAUUUCUCCUUAGGGAGACAAAUAAAGACACUUUGACUUUGAUAUGUGCACAUAUUUUGCACCUUUUUUUGUCAGGCAUACAUUUGCAAGUUCAAUUAAUGUUGCAGUCUCUGAGUACAGUUGUUGGGUCAUUUCUUCAGGUAUCCAGUUGAUGUAAAUGUUGUAAAAGUUGACGCUUUUACAUCUAAUAUACUACACAUUAGGUUUUUGUUGUUGUUGUUAGUACAUAUUUUGGCCUAAAAUACCCACAAAUGGAGCACAAAGUUCUGUUCUUUCUGUUGGUCUAAUCUCUUAGGAAACAAAUUAUACAUUUGAUGGAACAAACAUAAUAAAAUAGCUUUUACUGAACUCUGUUACCACUAUCUUGUCCCACUCUGACUUAUUUGUAACUUCCAGGUUGCAUCUCUCCUCCAAUCUUCUGCAUUUGCGCCCCCCCCCCCCCCCACACACACACACACAA